AUGAAUGAAUUUAGAAAUUGCUAAGAAUAAUAUUCGAAUUCCAAUAUAGAUAAAGGAAUAGUGAUUUAAUAAAGUAUCCUAUUUGAUUCUAUGAAAUUUAAUAAGAAGAAUUAGUUUAAAAUAUUUAAUAAAUUGAUUCAUAAAUUAAAAACCUUAUAAUUUAUAGAGAAGCAUCCUAUCGAAUGA